GUGACAACAGGGACUAUUUUAUCGGGACACUGAUGAAGCUGGAGAAUAAGAAGAUAUCAGUCGGAUGUAAACGCAGUUCAAAGAAUAGGACUAUGCCAAGUAACCAAGCCUGACAAUCAAGAAGUGUAACGAAAAGUUCUUUACAACUUUAAGACAUAUUAUUCCGUUAAAUUACACCUGAGCGAUUCAAGAUGAUGUCCUUGAAAGGAAAGACGUUGUACCUGCCCCGUGUGUCGCUGGGGACGUUCAUGACGGAGAUGUGUGAGCAGCACGGGGAGAAAGUAGCUAUGGUGGACGCCACAACCGGCCGUACUAUGUCCUAUCAGCAGGUCGCGUCUACAGUGCGUCGUCUGGCCCGCGGGCUGCGCACCCUCGGAUUCAAGAAGGGCGACGUUCUCUGUGUCUUCAGCCAAAAUGUCAUGGAGUAUCCUAUCGUCUUUUACGCAGUUGCCUCCCUUGGCGGGGUAUUACAAGCCACUAACCCAACUUACAAUGCAACCGAACUCAAGGACACUAUUGAGAUCUGCAAGAGUAAGUUCGUGCUGACGUUCCCAGCCUCGCUUCCAACAGUGAAGGCAGCUGCGGGGAAUAUCCUGAAGAAGAUUAUUGUAUUUGGAAAGGCAGAAGGAUGCACGAGUUUCUCCUCGCUUAUCGCCCCUGAUAUCUCUGACGGACCAAUCAGUGACCCUGACAUUGACCCGGAGAAUGACGUCGUCGCCAUAUUGUUUUCAAGCGGAACGACGGGCAAACCGAAAGGGGUUCAGUUGACACACUAUGCUAUGGUCUCGAAUAUAUUACAGAUACUGUCUACAGGUGACCUGACAAAAGAUGACUCCUACGUAAUAUUCCUGCCAUUCUUCCACAUCUACGGCCUCGGUCCUGUCAUCUCGGCUGGCCUGUACAGCGGCGCUAGGAGCGUCAUAAUGUCCAAGUUUGACAUCCACGAGUACCUCAACAACAUCCAGAAGUAUAAGGCAACGGUGCUGCACGUGGUUCCGCCGGUCAUGGUUGUCAUGAGCAACCUCCCAAGCAUCUCGGAGUAUGACCUGAGCUCUGUCCGAAGGAUCCUCUGCGGAGCUGCGCCUCUGAGCACAGACAUAGAGGCAAAGAUCAUGGUGUUGUUUCAUUUGACCUUCAUAACACAAGUGUAUGGGAUGACGGAGGUGCAGGUGACCCAUAUCUCGCAUGGAGGAAAACACAAGUUUGGCUCAGCGGGGUACAUUCUGCCUUGUGCCGAGUGUAAGAUAGUAGAUGUGACAACUGGCAAGACUGUCCCCACGAAUGUCGAUGGUGAAGUUUGUCUGCGAAGCCCAUCUGUGAUGAAAGGUUACAAGUCGAACCCUGCAGCUACAGCCGCCAUCUUUGAUAAGGACGGUUGGGUCAAAACAGGUGACAUUGGCCAUGUUGACGAUGAGGGAAUUCUAUUUAUUGUGGAUCGUCUUAAAGAACUCAUCAAGUACAAGGGGUACCAGGUGGCGCCUGCGGAGCUGGAGGAUGUUCUGCUGAGUCACCCUGCUGUGGCUGACGUUGGUGUAAUCGGUGUCCCGGAUGUAGAGACGGGAGAGCUGCCGAAAGCUUUUAUUGUCAAAAAGCCUGGGUCAGCGGUGACUGAACAAGAGAUUCAAGACUAUGUUACAAGUAAAGUCUCUGUGACGAAGAGAUUGCGCGGGGGAGUUACGUUCAUCACGAAAAUACCCAAGAGCCCAAGUGGGAAGAUCCUCAGAAGAUUGCUCAGACAGAUGGACUGACACCGUUCCGAAUCCUUAAUCAGAGAAACCUAGUUAACUUGAAACCCGGACUUCCACAACUCGAUCUUAGCGAACGACUGUCGUGAGUCCAUGGUAAAGUAUUGAAGUUACGAUCGUCUUAGUUGUUGACCGCUUUGUGAAACAGGGCCUUGGGAUAAUCGAAUGAAUCGAGUUAUCCGUUGUUUGAGCCAAGCGAGCACAGUGUGAUAUUUAUUCCACUGGGACCAUGACAACUUGUGGAUAUUUUGAGUUGGUGGAGUUCAUGUUAACAGGGUUUCAAUUACAGUAGCUCUGGGUUACCCGGUCCCCGGGCGUUGUGUGUUGUACUCACAAGGUACCACUGAUGUAUAUUCUAAUCUGUUCAUCUCGAAAACGUAUUUAUAUUCCGUUGGAUGCAAAACGAUUGUUCGGAAGUGGCAUGCGCAUAAAACCAGGGAGCGCAUUCUUUUGACUGUUAUUCUGCGCAUAUAUAUUGUGCUAACUUGAUUUCUUUAACAUUGUUGGUGAGCCAUAAGUUUACGACGUCCGAUGGCCACAAAGUCUAACCCUGAACUGGGUACUGUAUUCAUUUACUCGCAUUAAAGGCCAGAUUGUUCUUAUUGUGUAAAUGUGAAAUGUGUAUAAACGUUCUUGUGGAAAUAAAAUCCUUAAGGUCA